UCUUUCCUGUAUUAGGAACAGAGACUGCGCUAUGUCGGGAUGCUGGAUGAUCAAUACUGUCACACCUUGGACCAAAGAUCCGAAUCAAGAAAGAACGUAUUGUCUAAUAGCAUCAUGGUAACGCAUACCUGUGUAACAGGCAUCGCCGAUCUACCCACUGACGAAUCGAUCGAAGAAAUUGCCGAAUCAGUGGAUGAAUUGCGAGAGAAGCUCGCCAAUAUGAAAAAGCUCAUGGAAGAGCGAAAAGGCACGACACUGGGAGAAAUUAGUGCCCGAAAAAGAAAAGAAACUUCCGACAUAAUAGACGGCAAUUUUUUGUCCUGGAUUUUCGGAUCGGUGCUCUUAGUAAUUUUAAGCGUGAGCUUUUAUGCCUUCUAUAAUCUUUAUCACGCAGUGCUGAAGAAAUUUCCGUCCCAUCAUACGGAAUUAUAAAAAGAUGUACGAAAAAAUGGGAAGAAAUUCAAAAUUGGAAUUUUCGUAUAAACAUUCUAUUAAAAAUUCCAAAAGCGGCCUCUUUUAAUUUCCUUUUUAAUGUUAGAAAACAAAAUACGAACAAUUCCAAAAACAACAAAU